AUGUUACAUCUAAAAGCACGCCGAACAGGGUUCUGCUGGUAUCCAACAAUCAAACACCCUCCUCUGGACUUGGACACUAUCAAACUUUGUCUGCUAGAAACCCCACAAGCUCCACAGUAUUUAACUAACCCUUCAUCCAGCACAAUGCAGUUCACAUACACCGCCAUCGCUCUCGCCCUGGUGACCGCCAUCUCAGCCCAGAACAACUUCGUCAUCAUGAGCUGCAACACCAGCCCCAUCCCCUGUCAUGCUGUUGGCAUACCCUGCAGGAAUGAAAAUACCCCCUGGGCCUGUCCUGUCCGUAGUGACCAGGUUGCGACCUUCGAGGCCAGCUGCCGCAAUAUCAAUGCCUUUCCGGAGAUUCGCGGAUCUGGCUUUACCUUGAGUGACGCCAAGCAGACAGCUGGGUGCAAGAUCUGA